AUAAAGAUAAGAUCUGCGUCCACAUUACUCUACCCGUUUUGUCAGGAGGGAGUAUAUAUUAUUGUGCUAAUCAAUUCAUUUCGCGUGUUCAAUUAUGGCUUCUAUAGUAGUUGCUUUCUUAUUCCUCUCAACAGCCUUCUCUCUCUCUUUCUGUUCAAAUGCCAAACAAACUGCAAUUUGCCCAUUUAAUUCCAUUUAUCAAUUGGGUGAUUCACUUGCCGACACCGGCAACCGAAUUCUUAUCCCCGGAAUUCCUCCAACUUUCCACGCCGGUCAUCUUCCUUACGGUAAAACUUACUUCGGAAAACCCACCGGCCGAUUUUCCGACGGUCUUUUAAUGAUUGAUUACAUUGCAAUAGCUCUUAAACUUCCAUUCCUUAAUCCUUACUUAUCAAAAAACUCUUCAUUUAUUCACGGCGUCAAUUUCGCCGUCGCCGGAAGUACGGCACUUGAUAAAUCAUUCUUCGAUAAAAGAAACAUUAGCAUUAAAUCGUUUAAUCUUCCAUUAAGUACGCAAAUUGAGUGGUUCAAAAAUCACCUUAAUUGUACUUGUAGAAGUCCAACGCGAUGCGCUAAGAAGCUUCGAAAUUCACUCGUUAAUAUUGGUGCUUUUGGUGGAAAUGAUUAUUUCACUGCCUUUUCUAAUGGUAAAUCCACUGAAGAGGCUAAAUCUUUUGUUCCAUUUACUGUCAACGCCAUUGUUGAAGGCAUCAAAGAAAUCAUUAAAUUAGGAGUGAAACGGAUAGUUAUCUCCGGUGUUUCUCCAUUUGGUUGCUUACCGUCGCUACUGACUUCAUCUCCGAGCUCCGAUCCCGAUGCCUACGACGAAUUCGGAUGUUUGAGAAAUUAUAAUAAAUUUGCAUCAUUUCACAAUAACUAUCUUCGAGAUACAAUAUCUUUGGUAAAUCGUCAGUUCUCAGAUGUUGUUAUUCUAUAUGUAGAUUAUUAUGGAGCUUUUUUAUCUAUUUUUCGAAGAGCGUAUUAUCUGGGAAUUGAUCGUGAAUCGUUACUGAAAGCGUGUUGUGGAAUUGGAGGAAAAUAUAAUUUUGAUGGGAAGAAAACUUGUGGAUCAAAUGAGACUUCAGUUUGUUCUGAUCCUUCAAGAUUCAUGAAUUGGGACGGCGUACAUUUGACUCAAAAAGCUUAUCGUCAUAUUUCAGAGAUUCUCAUUACUGAUAUCUUAUCGAACAUUGAUUGUAUAUGGUGAAUGAGAAAACCUAAGGAUUUUGAAAAUGUUAUUCAUGUAUGUAUUUCCAGAUCCCAAAUAGAUAUGGCUUCGAUAUGGGGACAGAACUCUGUGCUUGUUUUAUUUGAUCCAUUUUAGUUAUACAAGUCCUUUUGUUUGUAAGUUGUUAUCGUCUCGAUUAGCUGGAUGUGUGUCUACAACACUAAUAUACCCAGUGUAUUCUCAACAGGUAUGUGGGGUCUGGGAAGGUAGCUUGUACGCAAACUUUAUCCCUGCCUAACAAAGAUAGAGGGGUUGUUUUCAAUAGACAUUCAGCUCGAAAAGGGUGAGAAGAAGAAGGAUGAGGAGGAGAAAAGCAAGAAAAGAAGAGAAAAAAAAAAGAGGAAGAUCAAGAAUAAGUUGUACUACCAAAUAAUAACAAUAGAGAAUACAAUACCAGGCAAACAAAUACCUAGAUGCGUG